CUUUUUUUAACGUGCUAAUCUGAAUUGUUAUAUUUCUUUUAGGAAUAGGCCAAAAUGCCCGUUGCCAGAAGUUGGGUGUGUCGGAAGACCUAUGUCACCCCGCGACGUCCAUUUGAGAAGUCGCGUUUGGACCAGGAGUUAAAGCUUAUUGGUGAAUAUGGUCUCCGUAACAAGCGUGAGGUAUGGCGUGUAAAGUUUACACUUGCCAAGAUCCGUAAAGCUGCUAGAGAGCUGCUUACGUUGGAUGAGAAGGAUCCCAAACGUUUGUUUGAAGGUAAUGCCCUGCUUAGGCGACUGGUACGCAUUGGUGUGCUGGAUGAGGGGAAGAUGAAGCUUGAUUACAUUCUCGGCUUGAAAAUUGAAGACUUUUUGGAACGACGAUUACAGACACAGGUGUUCAAACUGGGCUUGGCAAAGUCCAUCCAUCAUGCUCGUGUGCUGAUCAGACAGAGGCAUAUCCGUGUCCGCAAGCAGGUGGUUAACAUCCCAUCAUUUAUUGUGCGGUUGGAUUCCCAGAAGCACAUUGACUUCUCACUGCGCUCACCAUACGGAGGUGGACGUCCUGGGCGUGUGAAGAGAAAGAAUGCCAAGAAGGGACAGGGUGGUGCUGCAGGUGCCGAUGAUGAAGAGGAAGAUUAAGCAUUUACCUUGUCACUUGAGUGUUCAAAAAUAAAUAAAAACCUUUUUUGGAA